UAUAAACUGCCUGCCGUAGCUAUAAUGACACCAGCCGUCAGAGAGGCAGCAACAAAAGGUCAUGGUAUCCACUUGUCACCUUCUUUGUCCUCUAGAGCUAUGGAGUCUGAUACAGCUUUGUGCAUGGAAAAUUCCAGAGCAGUGGAAGAGAAGAUAAAAGAGGACUCCAGCGCACAGAUUACUUGCUCAGUCCUGGGGUUCCGCAAUGCUGGACCCAACCUCAGGAAUGAUAUCUUCAGCGUGCAGCACUUUGGUUCUCCACCAUCCUCUAAGCACUAUCAGUCUGUCUUGUUAAUGAGUACAAAUUCUGCGUUUAGCAACAAAACCAGUAAGCAAAUGAAAGCGGCACAGCCUGACUGCUCCAAGAUGAGAAAUUCGUUACACAAUGGUGCUGACACAUCAUUUGGGCAGAUCAGCCAUUCGGAACCUGAGGAACAGGUCAAAGGGGAAAUGUUUUCAGAGACCACAUCUCCAAAUUUAGCAGAAACACAGACACUUUUGGAUUCAAAUGUAACUGAAUCCAGUAAUGCAGAAGAACUGCAGCUUUUAAAUGGUAAAUGGUACAAGAAGAAUGGUUUUUUGGGUAGGGCUUUGGAAGUCUGCACUGAAACAAUAAAAGGGAAUUUAUUACACCAAAUUCUUCAAGGGCCUUCAGAAGGGAUUUUCAGCUGCACCCCGGAGGAGGUGUAUACUCGCUUGCUCCAGUGUGUCACUAAGCAACAAAUGGAAAUCAGUCGUGCCAAAAGGACUCAGAAGCGUUUACAAAUGCUCCUGGCAAAGCAUGUUAUCAAACACUGUGAUCAGCAGCUGAAAUGCUUCGUGAAACAUCAGCUACAAAGAAUGAAGGUUUUCCAUGAGCCAACCAGGUUGUUGAGCAGUAGCUCCCUCAGGUGCACUGAAGGUUGGCCAGAAAACACCAAAACUGCUUUGGAGAGUGGAUCAGGUGCGGAUGUACAGAACGGAGUUAGCAUUGCACCAGGUGAGAUCCGGGGGUUUGCACUUGCUACUGGAGGGCUGCUGUCUCGUGUGGAGAAGGAUCUGGACUCAGAUGCAACGUGUAGCAGCUCGGAUGAAGAUGGUGAGGAUCGGACUGUAAGAACAACUGUGGAAGCCAGCUAUACUUCUGAAUGGAAGUGGCUUGCAGACAGAGCUAGAAUUGGCAGCCGUUGGACAUGGCUUCAAGCCCAGAUUUCAGAACUAGAAUACAAAAUCCAACAACUAACUGACCUUCACAGGCAGAUACGUGCCACCAAGGGGAUGGUGAUCUUAGAAGAAUUCCCAUUUCCAAAAGACAUUUUGAAGAAGCAAAUACAAUUGACAGACCAAGAAGCUUUAUUAAACGCCACAGGGAAUUCGCAAGCUGCCAUUGAGAGACUGGAUUCUUUGCCGGAGCAGGACUUUGAAAUGUCACCCAGCAGUCCUACCCUGCUUUUACGAAACAUAGAAAAACAGAGUGCACAACUGAGUGAAAUCAUCAGCAGCCUGAUUGCCCCACUCAACCUGUCUCCAGCAUCUUCACCUCUUUCAUCCAAGACCGGUAGGCACAGACAGCUGGUCAAUGGCAUCUCCUUCAGAGCUUCAGACAACAGGGAGAUAUCCUCCUCAAGCAGCUGGUUGCUUGAUCAUCAGCACAUCAAGAAAAGGAGAAGAGACAGGACAAGGCUAAGAUCUCUCUCCGUGGCUAAUGUGAGCACUUCUGCCCGAACAAGGCCACUUCAUAGUUUCCAGAAGAGGAAACUCUACAGGAUGCACGGUGCCUGUUACUGGAAUCAGCAGACUUCACCAUCUAGAGCUGCCUCCUUUCCAUACAAAACUCAGCUACCGUGUGUGAUGCCAGCCUCUGCUUUCAGCAGUAGUGAGUACAGUGCAUCUAAAAUACUAGAUUAUGUGCAAGAGCUGGACUCUUCCUUCCAUCCAGUGUUAUCAUUCCCUUCAGAUAUUCCUCUUCACAUCUAUUUUGAAACAUUAUUAAGGAAGGAUGACAUCAAAGGAGAACCUGUUGAUACCUCCUCUUUAGGAGUGGAGUUUAAAGUAUCCUCAGACAAUGACUAUAAUCAACAUAACAUUGCUGUCAAACAGUGGAGCAGCGGCUGUUUGUCUAAUUCCAAAUCUCAGUCAGUGUCAGGAACUUCUGACCAUCUGUUGGAAGGAAGGAAGAAAAGACAUCUAAGUGAGACAGCAGUAGGCAAUCAUAACGCUAGAUUUGAGACAUUCUCCUUUCAACAUGCAGAACCAGGAUCCCAUAGCAGCUUUGCUGCUGUGACCAAUGUCAGUGCGAUGUCUAGGCCCACUCACAGCACUUCAUCACAGCACAACUCCAGGAGGAGGUUGAGAAGUGAGAGCUCCUACGAUAUAGACAACAUUGUUAUUCCAAUGUCGCUGGUGGCACCGUCGAAGUUGGAGAAACUACAGUACAAAGAAAUCCUUACCCCAAGCUGGAGAGUUGUUGAAUUUCAACCUUUGGAAAGAUCUCAUACAGAUGAAGAAGAGAUAGAAGAUCUGUCAGAUGAAGUUUUUUCCUUACGCCAUUCAAAGUAUGAAGAAAGGGAGAGAGCAAGGUGGUCGCUGUGGGAGCAGAGCCGCUGGCCCAGAAGGAAUAGCAGAUCUUACAGCAAAAAUGCCGACGGACGACACAGCCAAGAUUCAGUGCAGAAAGACAACCACAGCAGCUCCUGUGCCUCGCUGCAUUGUGCUGCUGAACCUGUUCCUGACCUGACUUCGGAAGCCCACAGCUCUGUUUGUUCAGGGAUUGCACAACUCUGCAGGGAGAGCCAGGAAGCGAAGUCUGGGCUGUGGGAACUUCGAGUUUUUCCACUAAAAGACGAAGAGGUAGAAGCUUUACUGUGCCAAGAUCAAAUAAUGAAUCAGACUGAAAUGUCAAGUGCAGCUUUCCCCAGCGACACUCUCUGCAAUUCCUGCACACCCACUGGUUUGCCAGACAGUGGCCAUGCACCACGAAAACCAUCUACCGAAGAGUCAGAAGACUGCGAGAAUGUUUGCCCGGGAAUCAACAAUAUAAGAAAACAAAGGUGACAGGGAAUAAUAUGGUUCAUUAAGAAAGCCAAUUAAGGUGGAGAAAAGUGUAAGGUAAAAAUCUCUCUUGUUCACACAGCAUAUGACAGCACAAUUCAAAACCUGUAUGUUAGCUGCAUAUAAUAUAUUUUCUUUCUUGCUUUGUAACAGGCAGGAUAAAUCCCAAAGACAACACUUUCUUCUUCCUGAACCCCAAGAGA